GGCUGUUGGUUUUUUCUUUUACAUGGAGUUGGAUUCAGUCUUAAGUACUAACGUAGACCACACGAUACACAACCGUUAACAGUGUUAAAAUUAUGAAUGACAAGAGCGGUGUGUAUAAUAUUUUCAGAAAAGGAUUGAAAUAAUGUUUUAAGGAUUUGUGACACAAAACAAAAAUUGUGAUUUAUUCUUCCGUAUCCGUCCAACAAAAAAAUAAAAAGGAGACAGUUAAACCAAAGAAAUAGAAAAAAAAAAAUAAUACUAAAUGUUUGUGAAUUAUUGGUUUGUAUUUCUUAAUAGUUCUAAAGAGAAGAAAAUUUGUUUGUUUUUUGUAGUUUAAGAUGUCGGACUCGUUGAAUCGCUAAAAAAAAAACACGUCAAAAUUAUCAGUGUGACAGCAUUCGUGUGAUAUUCAUUCAAAGAAAAAAAAAUAUUUAACCGCGGAAAUUGCAUGAAGUAGGAAUUACUUGUCAUGAUAAUGGCUCGUGUCUAUUGUUCGUUAGUAACCAAUAAAAAAUGUCCAUCCGUCCUCGAGGAGUUGUAAAAAGAAGUAUAAGAACAUUUAGUCGGCAAUCUUACCGUUUCGUCAAUUCCUUAAUUAAAAUAGACGUUUCUUAAGGUGAUAUAUAAGGCUAAUAAUUUUUACUGACAGAUCCACAGAUACGUAAUGAUGUAGUCAGAAAGACUUGAUAGUAAGCGCGGGAAAACAACUCACACAAGUCGUCUGCUGUGCACAACGAAGACGACAUAAAAGUUCUCGUCGAUACCCAGAUUUGUUGUGCUGUUGCUCGCGGUGUUAAAUUGUUUUUUGAACCUUUAAAUAUAUUGGAUAUUGGAUUUAUUUAAUCACAUCACAAAGGAAUGAGACCAAAAACAACUUUUGGAUUUAUAAAUAGCAGGCCCCAUUGAAUCUGAAGGAAUAGUUGAAAAGACAGAUGCCCGAUUAAUCAUCAGCAUGGACAUUUUGGUUUAGUGUAAAUCCUGUGUAUCGCAUUCGGAUUUGUUUCCGCCGAUCUGAUUUCUUUUUUAAUACUACAAAAUAAAACUUCUUACGAUGGAUGUAACUGAAAUUGUGAACACAACGAUGAAUUGGACCCAGCCCGAAGAUGAGACGGAGAAAGUGAAUAGUUCGUUAGAGACGUUUUUAUUGGUAUUAAAGGGCGUGGCGAUGGUGGCUAUUAUGUUCGGAGCUGUGUUCGGUAACCUGUUAGUAAUUACGAGCGUGAUGAAGUUCGAACGCUUGCGUGUCAUUACUAAUUACUUCAUUGUGUCCUUAGCCUUCGCUGAUCUCUUAGUCGCCAUCUUGGUAAUGCCGUUCAACGCAAGUAAUGAGAUAAGCGAAAAGUGGGUAUUUGGGCGGGUGAUGUGUGAUAUCUUUAAUGCUAAUGACGUGUUAUUCAGUACUGCAUCUAUUCUCCAUUUGUGCUGUAUUAGUAUGGAUCGAUAUAUAGCCAUUCUGCACCCUUUACAAUACGAAACUAAAAUGACCAAAACUAGAGUAGCGGUCAUGUUGACAAUCACGUGGGUGGCCUCGAUUUUGAUUUCAUACAUACCUAUCCAGUCGCAGCUUUACACGACCAAGCAGAACUAUAUGGCUUUAGAAAGGGAUCAUAAUGCUUGUUUGUUUAUAGUUAAUCGAGUCUACGCCGGUGUCUCAUCUUGUGUGUCAUUCUGGAUUCCAUGCACUAUCAUGGUGUUCGUCUAUGCCAAAAUUUAUAUGGAAGCACGUAAGCAAGAGAAGUUUAUCCAAUCAAACGCCGUGUAUAUGCAGUAUAGCCAUAGUGAACGUAACCAUAGUAACGGCUCGAUACAAGAACGUGACGUGCAUAGAUUCGAACGGAAGAGGAUGAAACGUGAACAUAAAGCCGCUAAAACUCUGGGGGUAAUCAUGGGCGCCUUUAUUCUCUGCUUUUUACCAUUUUUCUCGUGGUAUGUGAUAACCUCCAUGUGUAAAGAAGACUGUCCGUACCCUCCUAUCUUGGGUAGCAUAUUAUUUUGGAUUGGUUACUUCAAUUCGUGCUUAAACCCCAUACUUUAUGCUUACUUUAACCGCGAUUUCAGAACAGCUUUUAAGAAACUUUUAAGACUGGAUAGAUCGCAUUGUGAUAUGAUGGACCCGACUACCCAGGCGCUAAAUACUGCUUAUAACGACACGAGAGAAACGAACCACAUACGGACCUCUUUGUCGUAAAUAUCCCGGAUAAAUAUAAUAUACAUAAUAUAUAGAUAUAUAAUAUAUAGUGUUUGUUUCUCGAAUCAUGUUAUUGAUCAAUCUGAUAUAUACCAAGGGGGCCUUAUUCAUGAACAUUUUAAACUAGGGUAGUUUAAGAAUGGAGCCUUUUAAUUGGUCAAGAAAUAAAAUUUGUCCUAUGAUUCGAGUUAUCAGCCAAUGGGCUAUCAGGAUUCUUAAAAUAUUUCAGUUUAAAUCUUCAUGAAUAGGGGCCCUGUUUGAUUCAACUCUCAAUAUUAAAAUCGCACGAAACAAAAAAAAAGAGAGCGAAAUAAUAUUUAGAUUUGAAUAAAAUUGAAUUAUGUAACGGUACCGGUUUAAUUCGUGUUAGCCAGACACCUUUAUACAACAAGGGAUUACAAUGUAGCAAUAUGUUCAAUAUAGGCCCGAAAAAUAAAUUCUGUGAUUACGGUUACUUGGCCAAAAACAAUAGGGACGGUCGUGCUGGUUCUAUGGUCUAUUUCUAGCUUCAUUACUGAGAAUUGUUCUUGAAAAUAAUAAAAAUAAUUUCAGUGUUGCAAUUUGUUUGGAAAAAAAUUACUCCAAGCCCGUGUUAAAGCGUCUGGGGAAAUAAGAGAAAAAAAAACUUUAGUGUUAGCGAUUUUGGUUCGAACAAAAAAUUGACCGAUAAACACAGAUAUAUUUUACUUUGGACUUGUAAUAGAGCUGCGGGUAAUUGCUUUAGCUAAACAAUUUUAUAGUGUGCUUAUUGUUUGGAUGCCAGAAUCUGUCCACCACGCACAAAGUGCAAUGAACGAGGGUUGGGGUAAGGUUUAGCUUAGUUGUCUGGGGACAGAUUCGAUCCAUUUGUUGUUUUUCUACCUUGCUAUUUUGCAUAAUAUGUUGAUGAUUGUGUGUUUGCUGGAAAGAGAGAGAGAGAGAGAGAUCUAUUGUAUUUAAAAAGUAUUUUGUAAAAGGCAUCAAGUUUUUAUUUAAAUAUGUCAUUGAUUGGUCCCAAUAUUAUAAUAGAUUAAUCCACUAUUAUGCUUAGGGUUUCAUUAAGUCCAAAUUCAUCUGUCCUCCAUCACUGGAUAACAUAUCCUAAGGGGAUUGGGGGGGGGCGAAUGGUUGACGCGUGUGCGUUGCAACAUUAGGUCUCUCAUUGAGUCAAGUGGCAUAAUUUCGAUUCACCGCUUGUACGUGACAAGGAGUAGGGUCGCCUGUCCAAUCUCGUGGAUUUUCUUCGGGUCCCCCGGUUUCCUUCCACUGCUAAUGACCACUAAGCGCAAGCGAAUUAUUGAAAUAAAAUUGAACCGUACGUUAGUCCCGAAAUGACCUAGUUUGUGUCGAGUCGACCAUACGCGACAAUAAACGCCAUUUCUCUCUCUCUAUCUCUUUCACUCCAGGCAAACGGACUUGAUUAUUGUAUCUAGAAACCUAAUCCUGCGAUAGCAUUGGUCCACAACCACGUUUCGCAAUUAUCCAGCGAUGAAGGUCAGGGGAUUUUAUAGGACAAUUUCACCCAACCUCUCCUAUUGCCAAAUGUCAAAAUAUUAUGUAGCUAAUUUAUAUCAUAUUAUAAUACCCAAAAUAAAUCCUGAACAUACAUAAUUUGCCAACAACUGUCACGAUUAUUACAAGCGUGCAUUAUUUACUAUAAUUAUUCUUAGAUUUUUAUAUUAAUUUAAUUCCAUGUUGAUAAUAUUGUAUUAAUGAUUUCAUAUAACAUGCAUAACUAGGCCCGUAACUAGGUAACUGGGGGGGGGGGGGGCGCAUGGUUCGCCCUAAACCACACCCCCUGCAAAAAGUCUAGCCCCCCCCCCCUCAAUUCCCCUGUGAAAAAAUUGUCGACCAUCAACAAAUUAGAUAUACAUUGUCCGUCAAUUUUACA